UGAUCUUCUUGAUAAUCUCAUACGGUCCAAAAUACCAUGCAGCCAACUUCUAAAGAUCUUGCUUGAAUACAAAAGCCCGUCGAUAAGGAUGCAGCCACAGUAGAUGAUAGACCAUUGAUUGCACAUGUUUUUACCUCCUUUCUUGAGCCGUUUGAGAGUCGGUUCUCGUGUUUUAAGCCGAUUUCACGCUAGAUUGUGUGUUAUGCCAUAUUUCAAGGCUUGGCGUUCACGUGAAGGCGAGGAAACGAGUUUCGGGUCAAAAGGAGGACGUUUGAGUUGAAGGGUGUUGGAGGAGAAAAAUAUCCGACCAUGAGUAAUAAUACCCGGCCGGGUAAAUCGCUAAGAGAGACCGGGGAAAAUCGAUUUUGGACGUCGAGAAACAGGAGGGGUCCUGGCCGGACAGCUUAAAUACCCGAUCGGGUAUUCUGGACAUCGAUCGGGUAUUAACCCUUUACCGCGACGCUGUGUUUCAUAAUCCCCGGCCGGGCACCUGAAAUACCCGACCGGGUAUUAUGGUCGGGGAUCGCGAACAACUGGGUUUUAAGGAAAAGAAGGCCAAUUUUGCAAGGGUUCCGAGUUUUAGAGAGACAAAACGUAUACCUAGAGAGAGAAAGUGAAGAACGUGAUUCUUCAAGCGCCUAGAUCGAUUUACAUCACCAUUGAAGCCCGGCUUGAGCUUGGAGGAGUGCUGAUUGAUUGCCAGAAGCAUAAUCCCAUCCUUCACAGUAUGGUUUUCGCGUCUAAGCUAGAUAUACCGUCUCUCUCUAUGGAGUAACUUUCUAAUUCACCUGGGUAUGAAGAACCCUAGAUUUGUAUGUUAGGUCUGAUUGUAUGAACCCCAGUACGAAUUCAGGGAUAUGAUUAUAUUCAAUUGAGGUUUGAUUUCUUGAAUGGUAUGAAUCCUGAUCAAAUUCCUAUUAUUUCUGCUUUGACCUAGAAAGAGAAUAUCUGCCUAGGUUGAUAGAGCACCCUUGAUUGAAGGUAGUGAAUUGACGAUUUUAGUCGAGGAGUCAAUUCAAUAUUAUGUACCGGAUUUACUUUGGUAGAGGACGUUUGGUUCGUUAGGGCCUUAAUCUGUUUACUCCGGUGGACGUUAGUUGCCCACUGGGGACUCAGAUUGAGAGGGUCCGGAGACCUUUAGUCGAGACUGCAGACUGUUUAAGAACCUCCCGCGGUAUAACUAUCAUUGAACUUGAACUUGGUAAAUUACAACCCUGCUUAACUGCAGUCUAGGGGGAACCAUAUCCGGGUGACCUCUCUCAACUUGAACACAACUUUCACUGUUUUGCUUGCUAGUUUAACUAAACCUUCACUACACUUGAACUGCUAGAUAACAAGACUUUCUCGGAGUAGUCAUCACACCUAGUACCCGGGUUGACAAUUAGAACUGAACCCGAUACUAUGCAUUAGUAGGUGGUUACACUUGGCCACUUUCUAGUGUGAUGGUAGAAGCGUGUCAAGUUUUUGGCGCCGUUGCCGGGGGACGGCUAGGUUGUUGAAGAAACAUGAUUUCUAUUACUUUAGCAUUUCCAUUUCCGCAUUGACUAUUUGCUUUUUACCGCUUCUGCCUUCACGGAUUUGCUUGCUUUGUUGUGUGCAGGUAGUGCAUGACCCGUAGCCAGUCGGGAGGUUUACUACCGUUAGAUCCGGAGCUAGAACGCACAUGUCGCCAACUAAGGAGACAACAACGAGCGAGACUGGCUACAGAGGAAGUGCGCAUCGACGACCACUUGAGCAGCGAUUCUGAGAAGGAGUACAAGAUGGACGGUGUGUAAAACCCGCCCCACAGGAUGCCUCUCAAGGUUCCCCUAGUGAAUCAGAUCCUGGGGAACAACAUAGUUCCCCAGGAAGAUGGGUUUCAGCAUCAACCGCCGCCGCCGGGUCCUACCAUGGAGUAUUACUACACUCCACGGGUCGCCGACAUCCGCCCCGUCAUCCCCUAUCCGCCCAUUCCAGCGAACAACUUCGAGAUCAGGCCAUGCUGGAUUCAACUGAUUACAUCUUCUAUCCGGUUCCAUGGCUUGAAAGAUGAGUAGGCAAGGAUGCACCUUUCCUGGUUCGUGCAGCUUACAAAUGGAUUCAAGAUGAAUGGUGUACCCGAUGAUGCGAUCACCUUUUCCCCCAUUCUCUGGCGGGGCAUGCGAAGAGGUGGUUAGAGACCCAGCCCCCGCUAUCCAUCACAUCGUGGGAUGACUUGGCCGACAAAUUUGUGCACAGGUAUUAUCCGGCCUCGAAGACCAUGGAGAUUCAGUAGGAGAUCACUCAUUUCCUCCAGGAGCCAGAUGAGUCCCUACGUGAUGCCUGGGAGCGAUGCUCGGGAUUCUUCUGGCAGUGUCCCCAUCACGGCUUCAGUAAUGCAUUCACAAUGGGGAAUUUCUACAGCGCUCUGACCCCAGAAAGCCAGAGGGUAAUCGAGUCUCUAUGCCCAGGAGGGGAUAUUCUCACCAAGACUCCACCCGAGUUGAAUCAGAUGAUCAACACUCUGGCUUCCAGGGAUCACUCUUGGGGGCUGUUAUAAACACGCUGCUACGGAUCGGGAAAUCGCCGGAAUCGAUAAAGCAAGAAUACGAAA